CGACCAUUGAAUAACGGCCUCGCGUUCCAAUGCAGGUUGACCGUUCAUCCUCUGAUCCACUCUCCACCGUACAAAAAAGCCACUCGACGUUCAAAUAUAUAUCCGCUUCGUAGACUUCCAGAUCCCAUCUCUAGCUCAGUGCGUUCUUGUAUAAAUAGCGGGGAAACCACCCAGAUUGUCGGGUUCGAAACUAUUCCUUCUCAGCGUGGCACCGAACCCAGAAAAUACAAUGGCCAUCGUGAAAAAGAUCAAGGAACCAACGACUGCUGUACAGGUUGCUGCCAGCCAAGCUGGCGCAACCCCAGAGGAUCCAAUCGAUGCCCUCAUCAUUGGAGCUGGUCCAUCCGGGAUGAUCUGUCUGCGGAAUCUUCUGAGAGAUCAACCGCCACUCUCCGCGAUUAUAGUCGAACGCCAAGCAGUUCCCGGCGGCAUUUGGACGGGCCAUAUCCCCGCAUACUCGACCCUGCAGGAUCUUGUUUGCGAAUAUGAAGUUCACGGUGUCAAAUUUCCCCGACGAGAGCCCCAGAGACGUGCAACGAGAGACCAGGUCGCCGAGUUUUGUGACGCCUAUUUCAAAGAGUUCGAUCUACACGACCAUGUUAUCUGGGAGCACGAUGUGGCCCACGUCGAGAUGGUCAAGCCUAUGUUGCACAAAGUCGACAUUCGCCCUUUCGUAAAAGAAGGCGAGGCCCCUCCAGGUCAAACAGUCUAUACAAGGAGUGUGCUUGUCUGCACUGGUCAUAAUAUGGAACCCUAUAUGCCCAAAUUCCCCGGCCAAGAAACGGCAAAGUUUCCUAUCAAGCAUAAUAACAACAUUCGCGACGCAACUGAAUUGCCGGAUUCUGAUAUUGUCGUCAUUGGUGCUGGUCCCUCGGCUAUGGACAUCGUUCAAGAAGCUUGUGUUACGCAAGGUGCGAAGAAUGUCCAUCUGGUAGCACGUUCUCCUCACUGGGGAGCGCCUGAUUUGUGGUGGCCUUGGCUAUGGCAACUCGGAUGGACGGAGCUGCAUCUCAUGCGCGUGCUCUAUCGCCGAUUGCCCAUUUUCGUCGUUGAUGCCAUCUUUUGGCUUAUCCAUCUUGUCUGGGCAGUCUUCCAUGGCGUCCCAGAGUGGAGGCCUCCUACCCACGAAGGACCCUCUGCAAAGGUUGGCCUCAUCCUGCGGUCACAUCUUGUAAAGCCCUAUCACAACGGACAAUUCCGUAUCCACGACAAGUGCGGAAUCAAAGAAAUUGACGGGGACAAAGUGAUCCUCACCAACGGCACGGCCUUGUACCCGCGAAUGCUGGUAGCUGCAACAGGCUGGUCAACCGAGUCCGCAUAUCUCCCCGAGGGAUCCCCAGCCGGUGAAUACGAUUCUCUGGCCGCCGCAGACGCACCGCGACCUCUAUACCUCCGAUUCUACGACCAGGACUAUCCUGGGAUUUUCUACAUCUCCGUGUCGGCUGGCUUUAUCACCUACACGGAGAGCGCCUCUUUCCUCAGCCAGGCUAUUGGCCAGAUUCUACGUGGGACCUGGACUCCUCCAUCCGAGGAGGAAAUCAAGAAGAAUUUGAAAGAAGUCGUUUUGCACCAUAUCUGCCUCCCUGGUCUCAUUGAGGAGGAUCUUACUGCGGCAGGUUUCAAGGACCUGCGUGGUAAGAAUGUGCGCUGAACGAUAGCAGCUGCACCAUCUGGCGGAUAGGCACUCUCUUUUCCUAUCUACUACUCGUCGAGAUUUGGAGUUUGGAGGAGCUUUGCAUUCAUCCUUGGCUUUGAGAGGUCCAGGGCUUGGACUAAUUACAUUGCAAUUGAGAUAAUGAGACAUGACGAAAUUUGGAAAUGAGCAGUCGAAGACAUUCCUUACGCUUGUAAAAAUUCUCCCCAUUCAAGGAUUAGUUUGCAUAAGCGAGAAUAUAGAAUAUGAAGAUUGUUCCCUG